GGCUGCCCCGGGUCCCGCCCCCGCGCCGCCCGCGCUCCCACCGCCUCCCAGGAGCUGCGUCCUGUCCUGUCUAGUCCCGUUCCCGGCGCGGCCAGGCCCGCGCGCUUGCUCUGGCCGCCUUCCGCCGUCCUCGGCCCGCGCCAUGCCCUGCCUGUGGCCGUCCGGCUGGGCCCCGCUGCAGCCGCUCCUGCUGCUCCUGGUGGUGGCCGCGCGCGCCCUGCCCAGCGCCGACGGGACGUGCCCGGAGCGCGCGCUGGAGCGGCGGGAGGAGGAGGCGAACGUGGUGCUCACCGGCACCGUGGAGGAGAUUCUCAACGUGGACCCGGUGCAGCACACGUACUCGUGCAAGGUUCGAGUCUGGCGGUACUUGAAGGGCAAAGACAUGGUGACCCAAGAGAGCCUGCUUGACGGUGGCAGCAAGGUGGUGAUCGGUGGCUUUGGCGACCCCCUCAUCUGUGACAACCAGGUGUCCACUGGGGACACCAGGAUCUUCUUUGUGAACCCUGCACCCCCCUACCUGUGGCCAGCCCACAAAAAUGAGCUGAUGCUCAAUUCCAGCCUCAUGCGCAUCACGCUGCGGAACCUGGAGGAAGUGGAGCACUGUGUGGAAGCUGAGUCCGGCCAUCUCCAUCUCUGACACUAGUAGGGAUUCCCACGGACCAGCCCCCGCCCCACAGUGCCGCUGCCUGCUGUCUUGCAGCCAAGUAAGUCCCCGUCCUGC